GUGUGUGGGGAGUAUAUUAAAUCUAAUUAAGUGUAGUAAUUGAUACACUCCUCUAACCUAGGAUGUGGAAUGAAUGACGGCUCUAUCUACCUAUACUACUGGGAAAGUUUUUUUUAAAAAAUCCGCCCACUGUGCCCACAUGUUUUGCACUCACUCAGAAGAAUGCAGAUUCCGCCCAGGAUUAUGCACGGCAAUUAAACUACAAGCUGCUGACUGGAACUACGAAGGAAAUGCAACGCCUUCAGAUGACUUUGCAACACAUACAACAGUGAACUCGAAGUGUUUCAGUCGCCCGACUGUAAUUUAUUCCUAGGUGGACGACUCCGACCCAAAGCCCUUUUGUUUGCCGCUGAUCUGCGCCUGGCCACCCAGAGUGAGACUGAAAACAGCCCUGACUCAUGAUCAACUUGGAAAGAUUUUGCUGCAAUGAGAUGCUACUGGAAACGAUCAGUGACUACAGUUGGUUCCUUCCUGUUUCUUUGUCUUUUCAUGUACCUCUGUAUGAAGGAUGAAGAAGGGAGUGCACUGGAAGAAGAAGAAAGGAGAUUGGCAAAAGAAAUAGCUGUGCAACAGCUGUAUUCAGAGAGGAAUGCGCAGAGCUUCAGGGAGCUGAUCAACUUUUCCGCACCUAUUAAUGUCACCUAUCAAUACUUAGCAGGUUAUCCUUUACUAAAAAAGAAAUACCUUACAGUUGGACUGUCCUCUGUGAAACGAAAACGGGGGAAUUACCUGCUUGAAACACUUAAAUCCAUUUUUGAACACUCGACUAAUGAAGAGCUCACAGAGAUGGUGGUGGUCGUACACCUGGCAGACUUUGACAUGGCUUGGAAUGCACAAGUGGUUCAGGACAUUUCCAGAAAAUUUGCUCACCAUAUCAUUUCGGGUCACUUGGUCAUUAUUCAUGCACCCAAAUUGUACUAUCCACCUCUACAAGGUCUGAAACGAAAUUAUAAUGACCCAGCUGAUCGUGUGACUUUCAGGUCAAAACAGAAUGUUGACUAUGCUUUCCUGCUCAAUUUCUGUGCAAAUUUAUCAGAUUAUUACCUAAUGUUGGAAGAUGAUGUUCAAUGUGCCCGGUCUUUCUUAACUGCAAUUAAGAAAGUCCUUGCUUCAAAGGAGGGAUCCUAUUGGGUGACUUUGGAGUUUUCCAAGUUGGGUUAUAUUGGAAAACUUUACCAUUCGACUGACCUUCCAAGAUUGGCCCAUUUUCUACUGAUGUUUUACCAAGAGAUGCCAUGUGACUGGUUACUAGCUCAUUUCCGAGGCCUUCUCACCCAAAAAGAUGUCAUCCGCUUUAAGCCUUCCCUAUUUCAGCACAUUGGAUAUUAUUCCUCUUUCAGAGGAACAGAAAAUAGGUUAAAGGAUGAUGACUUUGAAGAGGAUUUCUUUGAUAUUCCUGACAACCCGCCAGCGACGAUCUACACAAGUCUCAAAGUGUUUGAGAACUAUGAACCCAGCAAAGCUUACAGUAAUGGUGAUGAGUACUUUUGGGGAAAAUCACCCUCCACUGGAGACUACUUCACCAUUGUUUUCCUAAAGCCAAUGAAUGUUACCAGAAUCCACAUAGUCACUGGCUCAGAGGAUCGGCAUAAUGAUAUUCUUCAUUCUGGGAUCCUUGAAAUUGGAAAGAAUCCAAAAGCGACCCAGAAGAGUAAAGAUUGCUCAGAGUAUGUUAAACUAAAUGAGUUCCAAAAAGGAUUGUGUGAUAAAAAAGAUAUCAGUUCAAUCAUUGAUUUCAGUGCAGACUGUGUGCGAAUAUAUAUAACAAAUAGUCAAAAAGACUGGUUAAUUAUUAGAAGCAUCAGUAUUUGGGCAAAGCACAGCAACCAACUAUGACAAAAUAUACCCUCUACUCAGUUUUCUUCCUUCCGUUCCUCCAUGACAUUUACUGGAACAUAAUUUCAUGGCCUGUAUCUUACCAAAGUGGUUACGUUUUAUGGGUGAGCCUAAGCAGUGAAUGUUGUCAGCCUGUUCAACUAAGGAAUGCCACAGCCGAGCUCCUCUAACUCCAAUUGCAUAUAAAAUUUUAGGAGUGUUUGGUAGAUAGUUUUGAAACCAAAACUUUGUUUUUAAAGCAACAAGGAAAUUUAUUAGAGGGUGUCAGUUUUGUGAUACUAAUUAGAGCUGAAUUCUUGCAAAUUAACUUUUUUCUGAUGUAUAAAAACUUUUAUACAAUGAAAAUUGUUCCAGAAGACUGCUCGAGAAGUUUUUGAAUACCAGGCGACUUGCAGCCAACCAACAUUCCAUAUCAAAUGGUUUAGUCCUCAGCACAACAGUUAGUUAUUUUAAUUUAAAACGUCUAUUUGUUGUGUGCCUGUUGGAUGCCAUACGUUUUCUGUUCAUAAGCCACCAUUGCAGUAUGACCCUUUGCCCCAGAAUUAAACGGUCAGACCAUAGGUGCCCAUUGAAUGCCAUGACAUUUAAACUUAACACAUACCCUCCAUUUCUGCACAGUGGUUGAUUAGCAAUCUGAUUGGGAAUGAAAAGAAAGGGCCAGGACAAGAUCAUAAUGAUAGGGGCCAAGUUAUAAGUGAAAUUUAGGGAUCAUUUGAAAUUUUACAGAAGUACUCUCAAAAUAUUGUGCAUAUCUGAUCACCACCUUCCGUCACCAACUAUUAAUAAGCACUGUGAGAAUGUAGCAUAUAUGUGGAAAUAUUGUAAAAUCAGAAGUCUAGAUUGCUGAUCAAUAGUGUCUCGUGUUCAAAACAAAUACGGAUGAGACAACCAGGACUUGCUUUCCCCCUUCCCCCAGCCCCCAUGACCAACUAGAGUUAAAAUCUCUAGUCAUUCAGACUCCGUUCUCUAAAAGGUGAAGGUUUGGACACUCUGGUACAGGUACAAUCCACUUUGGGAAUGCAACAGACUGGCAGGUUGAGUCUUUCACCACCAAAGCUCGCUUGUGUUGUCCAAACAGGAAUAGCUGGCCACAAGGAUUGUCCCCAAUGCUGUGGGCUGAAUUUUCUCUUCGAAGUGGGAAACCAGAGUUGGGUCUGUUUCUGUGUCCUGAACCUACCCCCAGGGAGAAACAGUCAAUGACCUGGGUCCUCUCUUAAUUGACGUGGAGACAGGUUUGCUGCCCAUUUAAAGGUGACAGGUGGUCCCUUGAAGCUGGGGAGCCACUCGAGGGCCUUCCAGCUUAAGAGGAGCGGCAGGCUGCAGUAGAGGGUAAGUAACUGAGAGGGCGCUUCAGCAAAAAGGUCCCCUCACCAACAUUUUUGAAAGUUAAAGUAAAAUACAGAAAAAGCAGCCAGGCCACCACUGUCGGUGGGGGCUUCAGAGAGGGCGCUUCAGCAAAAAGGUCCCCUCACCAACAUUUUUGAAAGUUAAAGUAAAAUACAGAAAAAGCAGCCAGGCCACCACUGUCGGUGGGGGAUUCCCUCUAGAUGGCAGCCUUUGGUUGCACCCUCACCAAGGAAGACAGGGAGGGCAUGUAAAAUCAUCUUGAGCAUUGGCACCUGGCCUGCCACUGGCUGUCCACUGCCAGGUAGUUAAAGUGCACCCCAACCUUCCCCCAGCACCGCCCCACCACCACCACC